CAGGACAGAAACAUAACAGGACAGUGAUCUUUGAAGUUACAAAAAUAGUUGGAAUACGUUUUGGUUGAUCAAGAUUUUUACAUCUUUGAUGCUGGAAACACUGGAAUCGGUUAUGGCUAUUCUUUCUUUCUAGUGUUUGACAGCUUUCAAAGCAAAAGGCUGAGCCAUGGCCCCGAGGAAAAACAAAGUUGCGAAGGAGGAGGUCCAGGUAACCCUGGGUCCUCAGCACUUGGUGGGCGAGACCGUUUUCGGCGUCGCUCACAUCUUUGCCUCUUUCAACGACACAUUCGUGCACGUUACCGACUUGUCUGGUCGGGAAACCAUCGCCAGGGUGACUGGUGGCAUGAAGGUGAAGGCCGAUCGUGAUGAGGCUUCUCCCUACGCCGCUAUGUUGGCUGCUCAGGACGUUGCCGAGAAGUGCAAAACACUGGGCAUCACUGCCCUCCACAUCAAGCUCCGUGCCACCGGUGGCAACAAGACCAAGACUCCUGGACCCGGUGCCCAGUCUGCUCUCCGUGCGUUGGCUCGCUCCAGCAUGAAGAUUGGCCGUAUUGAGGAUGUCACCCCCGUACCGUCUGACUCCACCCGCAGGAAGGGAGGCAGACGAGGCCGCAGGCUGUAAUCUGUUAGGUUAAGCUUACUGUGGACUUUUAAUAUAAAGUAUGCAGUA